AUGAGCUUUUCGAACCGCCUACCACCCAGUGGGGGCCAGUGGUACAUGGGUUGGGAGCCCUCAAUGCGACCCAUUCAGUUGCCCCUCCCUAAGUUGAAUUAUGAUUCUCAUUUCGAAGUCUGGGAGUGGAGAUUGAAGACACUGCUCAAGCACAAUUCGCUAUUGGGCUUCAUUGAGGCUCAAGAACCAUCAAAUGUCCCGGACACCAGGAGCUUUGGAGAAAUCAAGGAAGCUGCCGCAGCUACACAUUGUCUCGCACUUCUGGAAUCAAGUGUCUCGGACCACAUCCUUGCAGAUAUUCUGACCCUCUCUCCGGAUGGCAAGCCCCCAAAUGACCCCUACGUUCUCUUCAAGCAUAUCAAGGACCUUGUUCACGAUAUUCAAUUGAAUUCGGAGGCAAACAACUACGUACUAUGCGACUAUCUGAAUAGAGCGGAUCAAUUUUGUUCGGUUCAAGCACUUUUCCAGACUUUGGAUGGCCUUGACAAAGAGGGAUAUGAACCGAACGACUGGCGUAAUCUCAUUUUGAUCGCGGCGUUGCUUGUCAAGAGAAGAUUCCCAUCCUGCCUGCCGGCCUCUGUCAAACAUUACAUUUCAAAGGUCAAGGUUAAAACGAUUGCUUUGACCGACGUGGAGUGGAAAAGUAUGGUGUAUGAAUUCAAGAAUGUGUCCUGA